UGUCUCUGGAGGAGACCGUAGCUCAAGAGGGAAGACUGUGGAGGAAUAUCUAAGAAAGGGCUGAGGAACGGAGUGUUUUAAGGGGACUGCGACAACGCGGCAGCCUCAACCCAAGAGCGGCGCGCACUGCCGCCUCGGUAGCUGUCAUGGCCGCCCUGACCACGUGAUCGGCUCCCGCAGGCCUGGUUUCCGUCGCUCAAGUUCGGUAAUCCGGGCUCUGCGACUCCCUCCCUUUCUCGUUUGCGGACUCGGACACUGCCUUUCUUCCCUCUGGAGGGGUGCUGUACAGACAUCGAGAAAUCCGGUGGCAGCCUCGAUCCGACUGUUGUGCUGGUGGCUUCAGCGGCACCCUUCCUUGCACCUGCAGGAAACACCUGGAGAGAAUGACACAUUGGUUUCAUAGGAACCCAUUAAAAGCCACAGCUCCUGUCCCUUUUAACUAUUAUGGCGUAGUCACUGGCCCUGCUGCUUCAAAAAUUUGCAGUGACUUGAGAUCAUCUAGAGCACGACUGCUUGAAUUGUUCACUGAUUUGAACUGUAAUCCACAAAUGAUGAAGAAUGCAGCAGAUUCAUAUUUUUCACUUUUACAAGGUUUCAUUAACUCAUUGGAUGAAUCUACCCAAGAAAGCAAGUUACGAUAUAUUCAAAAUUUCAAGUGGACUGAUACAUUACAGGGACAGGUUCCAAGUGCCCAGCAGGAUGCUGUUUUUGAAUUAAUUUCCAUGGGAUUUAAUGUAGCUUUAUGGUAUACCAAAUAUGCUUCAAGACUGGCUGGCAAAGAAAACAUAACAGAGGAUGAAGCAAAAGAAGUCCAUCGAAGCUUAAAAAUUGCAGCUGGGAUUUUUAAACAUUUAAAGGAAAGUCAUAUCCCAAAAUUAAUUACACCCGCAGAAAAGGGGAGGGAUUUAGAGGCACGACUCAUAGAAGCUUACAUUAUCCAAUGUCAAGCUGAAGCUCAAGAAGUAACAAUUGCUCGAGCAAUUGAACUGAAACAUGCUCCUGUACUAAUUGCUGCCCUGGCAUAUGAAACAGCCAAUUUCUAUCAAAAAGCUGAUCAUGCUUUAUCCAGUUUGGAGCCUGCAUACUCUGCUAAAUGGAGAAAAUAUCUUCACUUGAAAAUGUGUUUCUACACAGCUUAUGCUUAUUGUUAUCAUGGUCAGACUUUGUUGGCUAGUGAUAAAUGUGGUGAAGCAAUCAGGUCUCUUCAAGAGGCAGAAAAAUUUUAUGCAAAGGCAGAAGCAUUAUGCAAAGAAUAUGGAGAAACCAAAGGCCCUGGACCAACAGUCAAACCUUCAGGACACUUGUUCUUUAGGAAACUUGGAAAUCUUGUGAAGAACACCCUUGAAAAAUGUCAGAGAGAAAAUGGAUUUAUUUACUUUCAAAAAGUUCCAACAGAAGCCCCACAACUGGAACUCAAAGCAGUUUAUGGUCUCGUAGAACCUGUACCUUUCGAAUUUCCUCCUACAAGUGUGCACUGGACACCAGAAACAUUGGCUGCUUUUGAUCUCACCCAAAGACCCAAGGAUGACAGUGCUAAACCCAAACCAGAAGAAGUGGUGAAACCUAUGAAAGAACCAGAUAUCAAACCUCAGAAGGACACUGGGUGCUACAUCUCCUAAAAUACAUUGAUACAGUGUGCACUUUGAAUUUUCUUCCAGAUAAGAUAAACCAUGGAACUUCAUCUUUCUUGAAAUGAUUUCUCUGAAGCCUAUAGAUUAAUUUAGUACAUUCAGAGGGAAUCUGCCUUCAGUUUAUUUGUUCUUGAUUUUUAACACAGUGGAAGUGUUUCAUGCUUUGUUUCCGAACUCCUUUUUAAUCAGGACAACCUGUGAAAAAUUUUUAUUGUGCUUCUAAAGGGCAUAUUUGGGGGUUGGGUUUUUCUUCCUGAACUCUGGGUAGUAGUAAGUUUCAGGUUAAUACACUACAGGCCAGAAUCAUGUGGUUUCAGGUGUGUUUUUCUAUCUUCACAAAAAAAAGUUUAUUUUCCUUCCUCUUAUUUGAUACCAGAAGAAUGACAGGAGUCAGUUUUUAACAGACAAGGUUUUUUACCCCUCUCCGAUAUGUCAGUUUUAGCACAACUGACUUGUUAUCUUCUGUGUCAGUUACCUUUUCUGGUUGGGGGAAAAAAAAAUCACUUUUAGUUAAAGAUCAAAAAAUCUUCAUACCAAAUCCCUUAUACAUGUUAGAAUCUAUAAUUUACUUAGAAAUCAGUGUUUAUAGGUAUGUUGAGACCAUUUAAGAGCUUACUCUUUUGCUGAUAGCCCUGUACUUCAUUUCAGUCUCAGUAAGCAAACCUACAAUAUUUUUUAAAGUACUUUUUUCUAAUGGAUUUUUUACUUAGGGGACAGAACUUGGUAACAGCUCUUAGUAUUUGUGUGAGAAGACAGUGAAAAUGUUUUUGCAGAAGUCAAAUAGUGCAUGAUGAAAAGAAAGAACUUUAAGCCUAAACAAGAUCGGUUGUCCUGAAUUACACUGGUAAAUCUCUACUACUUUGUUACAGAAGUUAGAGUAAAAUGCCUUUGUUAACCUGAUUUCAGUGUACAUGGCUUUUAUAUAGUUUUCUAAUACACUUAUCCUGUCAGAAUUGUAUUGCUUUAGGCCAAAGGCCAUAGCAGAAACUUAGAGAGCAAACAGGUACAGUAUAUCUUAAAAAUACCUUGUAAUAUUUGAAAUAGUUUAGUAUAUACACAAACCUGGGAAAUAGUGGAUACAUAAUACUUUAAUAAAAAAAAUCACACAUGUAGGUUUAUCUUCUUUUGAGUAUUCUCCUGGGGCAUCACCUAAUUUUUCUCUUAUAAAUGACAGAUUGGUUCAAAUAAUAGGAGUAGUAAUAGUAGGGUAUGUUGAGAGCUUACUUUGUGCCAGGCACUGUGCUGAGCGCUUGCAUAGAUAAACCUUUGAAUCCACACAGCAACUCUGUGACAAAUAAGUAAAACCUGCAUAAAGUAUUGAGAUAGGAAUAAACAUUUCAUUAUGAAAAAUAGAUUAUACCUAUCUGAAUAUUGUGCUAAAAUAAAUGAUUACUUAAAUCAUAGUUUAUACUCAUGGGAAAAAAAGCUACAUAGAAUCAGUGAGGUUUUUUUUUUAUAUAUGGAAAUGCUAAUUACUCCUUGCUGUAUAACAUUUAAUAUUUGAAGCUGCAGUUUUCAGAAUCAGUGGAGUAAUAACUGAACAGACAUUUAUUUUGUUGUUUAUAGAAAAAACACUUUAAUUUCCCUGUAUUUUUGUGCUCUAUGCCUUUUACUGACAAAACUUCAAACCGUACUUGAUGUGAGCUUAUUACUCUUGGCCUGUAAGAUCUAUUUAUUUUAGAAACAAGUGCUUAUUAGUUACUAAAUUUUCACAUUUGAAAAUUUAGUAACUAGGCUAAAUUUAUUGACACAAUAUGUGUCAGUUUCACAUAUUGACAUUUUUAUGGGUCAUACUUCCAUAUAUGGAAUGAAAACAUGUAAUAUGCUCAGUGCUUCUGUAAAGUGCAGUAAAUACUGGUAUUACAUUUAAUCAAUAAUUGGCAACUUUAAGAUAAGCAGAUAGUAAAUAUUCUGUUGACUCAGCAAAGGUGACACUUUGACUGACUAUCCCAUUAUAUAUAAUAUUCUUUGAAAUCGUCUUCGAAAUUUGGGGAAGUGAAUAAAUGUAAAGAAGUUGCAUGAAUGUCAUAGAUGUAAUAACUAUUUGUGUUAACUAUUGCAUACUUAGUUUAAACCAGAUAAUGACAACUAACAUAUCCUGCUAAAAGUGUUGUUAAUAUACUGAAUUAUCUAUUUAUGAAAAUAAAAGUGAUUCUACUUCCAAUUUCAUUGGAAUUUUUGUUUUUCAAUAAAUAUUUUUAUGUUUAUUAAGCCAGUAACAAGGUUAAUACAAUGUAAAAUCAUAUUUCUUCACAGUUGUAUUUUAAAAUGACAGAUGCAUUUGCAUCAGUUGUUUUAUGCUACAUGAAUUCAUUAAACACUCAACGUUC